AUGGAGCAUAUAUGGUUCCGAAAUUCUACGAUAGGGAAAUUGUCUACAAAUGCCUUCUUUCAUCUUACUCACGUCAGCUAUCUCUAUUUUCGGGACGUCACAUUCAAAAACAUCGAAAGGAGAGCUUUUGGUAAAAUGUACAGUAUCGGUCAUCUCUUUAUGAGCGGAGUGAUUAAAGUGGAAGAAAGCGAAAGUUCCCUGUUUGCGUCGUCUUCCAUUGAAGAAUUGCUCAUAGAGGGGUUAAAAGGACAACUCGAUGUUGCUUUCCUCUUGGGAGCAAACAUCCGUAACGCCGUUAUGCGUGAAUCUAAAUUUCGAUGUGAGAAUGGUGAUGAAGACAAAGUCACAAAAGCACCGGGUAGCUCGUCAUCAUUGCCAAGCACAAGGAAAAAGAGCAGUAUUACAUUCAACAAUGUUACGUCAACUGUGCUAGUGCCGCAUCUUUUAGUGCAUUUCAACCAGAUCCAUUUUCACAACUCGUCGGUAGGAAGCAUCAGGGCAAACCAGGAUCUUUUGAGAGAUCAUUCAUGCAACAAUGUUUCCUUUAAUUUUCACAAGACAGUGGUCGAUCACAUUGAAUCACAUGCGUUCAAUGGACUCUCAGUCGAUAUUCUGAACAUUAGCAAUAGCAGAAUUGAGCAUAUGAGCCGCCUUGCAAUGGCAGGAGCAACAUUUGAUCGCAUUCAAAUUUCUGGCACGGAAUUGAGAGUGCUUGACGAGCUAGUGUUCGCCGAUGUUCGCGUCGCAAGUCUAGAAAUGACUGGUACUCGAAUCAAUCGUAUUCCACUACGAGCUUUCGAAAAUUCUCAAGUGGGAAACUUGACGAUAAGCUCAUGCGAAAUCAAAAUUCUUGCCAGCAAAGCCUUCAACAAUAGCCGUCUCGAGACUCUUGCAAUGAAGAAUACGAUUGUUAACAACGCUGAGCCACAGCCGUUCGUGCAUUUGCAGGUAGGACUUUUUGCUGGCUAUUUGUGGAUUUCAUUUUACUAA